CAGCAGCCUGCACUCUCAGAAAUCAGACUCAAGUGACUAGGACUCUUGAGAUCAAAGUCUUACCAUGCUACUCCCCAGGACAGCCAGGGACUGCUGACGUGACCACCGGACAGUGAUCUGUGGUUCGUAUAGUUACCAAAAAGAAUGGAUAAGCUUAAUAAAAUAACUGUCCCCGCCAGUCAGAAGUUGAGGCAGCUUCAAAAAAUGGUCCAUGAUAUCAAGAACAAUGAAGGUGGAAUAAUGAACAAGAUCAAAAAGCUGAAAGUCAAAGCACCUCCAAGUGUUCCGCGAAGGGACUAUGCCUCAGAGAGGCCAGCUGACGAAGAGGAGCAGUGGUCAGAUGACUUUUCAGCUUGCUGUGCCGGAGGGGCUGCAAGGACUCCAGACUCCUCCCCGGGAUGCACACUGAUCCUCAGCCUCCAGGACAGCGAUUAUGAAAACCCAGAUGAGCACUCCGACUCGGAAAUGUAUGUGCUGCCGGCCGAGGAGCCCGGGGACGACAGCUACGAGCCACCACCCGCCGAGCAGGAGACUCGGCCGGUUCACCGGGCCCUGCCCUUCACCAGGGGCGAGUACGUAGACAAUCGAUCAAGCCAGAGGCAGUCUCCGCCCUCCAGCAAGACCCUUCCCAGUAAACCCAACUGGCCUUCGGCAAAGGCAAGGCAGGCCACCACGCUGCCAGCCCCGACUUCUCUGCAUAAACCUCAAGUCCCACCCAGACCCAAAGAGCUCCUUGAGGAUGAGGCUGAUUAUGUGGUCCCCGUGGAAGAUGCAGAUGAAAACUAUAUUCAUCCCACAGAAGACAGUUCACUCCCAUCUGAAAAAGCUCCCAUGGUUAAUAGAUCAACCAAGCCAAAUAACUCCUCAAAGCCAGCCUCACCUCCAGGGACAGCUUCAGGUCGAAAGAGCGGGGCCUGGGACUCUAAGUCAACCUCUUCGCCUGCUGCGCCAUCCCCACUGCCCAGGGCUGGGAAAAAAACAGCUACGCCACUGAAGACGACUCCAGUUGUCUCUCAACAGAAUGCCUCAAGUGUUUGUGAAGAAAAACCUAUACCUGCUGAACGCCACCGAGGGUCUAGUCACAGACAAGAAAAUAUGCAGUCACAAGUUUUUCCUCCUCCUGCCCAGAAACCAAUUCAUCAAAAACCCAUACCUCUGCCAAGAUUUCCAGAAGCGGGAAGCCCAACUGUGGAUGGCCCAUUACCCAGCUUUUCAUCUAAUUCCAAUUUGUCAGAACAGGAAGCUGACGUUCACUGUAAACCAUGGUACGCUGGUGCUUGCGAUCGAAAGUCGGCCGAAGAGGCAUUAUACAGAUCAAACAAGGAUGGAUCAUUUCUUAUUCGGAAAAGCUCUGGCCAUGAUUCCAAACAGCCAUAUACACUAGUUGUAUUUUUUAAUAAGCGAGUAUAUAAUAUCCCUGUGCGAUUUAUUGAAGCAACAAAACAGUAUGCUUUGGGCAGAAAGAAAACUGGUGAAGAGUACUUUGGAAGUGUUGCUGAAAUCAUCAAGAAUCAUCAACACAGUCCCCUGGUUCUUAUUGACAGUCAGAAUAACACAAAAGAUUCCACAAGACUGAAAUAUGCAGUUAAUGUUUCAUAAAUUAAAAAAAAUUUUUAAAGGAAGUCAACAUCAUUGCUUCAGACAUUUUACCUACUUCUACUUUUGAGGAAAAAGUCCCAAAACUUCAUAUUUUGGAUUAUGAAUCGUCCAGUAAUAAAAUAGAAGAUGAGGAAGCUGUUGAGGUGGUCGUCGAUUUCCUUAUAAGAAGCUCACAUGGACAUGUUCUGUUGCCUGACUUGAUGAACUGUUAAUAUCUGGUGAGGCUGAGAAUAUGCUACUAAUAUUCUCCAAAUAAAUGUCUUUAUUUUAAAAAACAGGUGUAAAGUAUUUUCAGUCAUGUAAGAAAAUAACACUCUACUUCCAAAAUAAGAAAAUUAUACUCUUGGAUAAAACAAAGCUGCUGAAAAUUUAGACCACCACAAUGGUCCUAGUGCCCCAGUGUAACUAGGACGUCUACUGUCAGUGCUUGACAAUUGCGUUGGUUAAAAUUUUAAUGUGUAGAAAAUAAAAUAUAGAUAGUAUAUGAUAUUUAUAAAUACAGAUAAGGGGGAUGUAAUGGUUCCUUUUUGUGAGCUCCCAACCAUGGGAGAUGUAUACAGAUAUGAACUUUCUUAUCCAUGAUUAUGUUGUUAGCUUUGCUUAUUAAAUAUAAUUAUACCCUCUUUGAUCUGCAUGUCUAUUAAAUGGACCCUAAAUUUGAUAUGAGGUUCAGAGUGGGAUGAGAGCAAAACUAGAUUAAAAGCCUAGGGAAACAGCCCACAGAACAGGGGCAGAAAAGC